AUGGCACCAAUUUUACCGAUAAAUAUCAAUAGUACUAAUUUAAAUGCUUUAAGUACUAUUAAGCCAGCUUAUAAGCAUUUGAUAAAUUUACCACCAGCAGGUGUUUUUUCCGAUCCUAUUUAUCGACCAUUAUCGAUAACAUUUAUUGAAUAUCAAGAUGGUGAUAAACUUGGUUUUGUUUUGGCAUGGUUUUCAAUGUUACCAUUUAUUUAUAUUGUUGCUUUAUGUACAUUAAUUCUAUUUCGACGCGAUAUACAAACGAUAAUGUAUCUUAAUGGUUUUUUUCUAUCUGGAAUAAUUAAUUAUUAUCUUAAAAUAACUUUUAAACAACAACGACCAGAAAGAACUCGAGAUCGAAUGGAUUAUUAUGAAAUUCAUGGUAUGCCAAGUGGUCAUGCUCAAAGUUUUUUCUAUUUUAUGACAUAUUUAUCUAUUUUUGUUAUUCUUAAAUCACAAAUUCCUGGUGCAUCCUAUGUAUGUUCAAUACGUCAUCGUUGUUUUAUUCUAGUACAAUUUAUUGCUGCUAUUCUAGUUGCUUAUAGUCGAGUUUAUCUUUAUUAUCAUACAAUUGCACAAGUUGUUGUUGGUGGUUUAAUUGGUGUAAUAUUUGCUUGUAUUUGGUAUUAUUUUACUAAUUAUCAAUUUAUAAAAUAUGUUCCAUUUAUAACUGAUCUAUCAUUAGCAAAAUAUUUACUUAUUCGUGAUUAUUCACCCAUACCACAUAUUAUACAUUUUCAAUAUGAAAGUGAAUAUGCCGAAGCAAAACGAUGCCGAGAAAGAUAUGUGAAUUAUUCAAGGGAUCAAAUAUUAACCAAUAUACCAUGA